GCCCAGGCUAAAGGCUCGCCGCCCGCUGGGAACACACAGUUGCUUCCGCUUCGCUGGCCCAGCUGGUGGUUGCACAGCAUUGUUGUGGCAGACUUUCCACUGCAUUCAGCCUCCCUUCUCCCACAUUCGCACCAAUGACCUGAGCAAAGUGCUCUUUUUCGUCUCUCUGACAACCACAGCGGAACCAUUGGUGCACAAACUAGCUCCCUAUCCUGGUUGGCUGUGGUAACUCUUCAUUUAGAUUAGUCGCAUCGAUACUCGUUUUUCGUGUAUUCUACAUUCCUCUACUUAUCUAGUUUUCAUAUGGAUUGUUUUGUUUAUUUGCGGAAACGCUGUGAGCCUAUUUUGUCCUUUAGGUGGUCGUGACCGAGAAGACAAAUCGAAGAUGGAUUUGAGGAGCGCUUUUACGAGGAACGCAGAAAAAAAGUUGGCAUGCAGAACUGGAAGCAGACCUGGGAAAAAAGAAGACACCAUGUUAUACAGAAUGAGAACAGGGAGCUGAUCGUUUGAGUCACCAUUGGGAUGGAGAUGCAGCAAGAACCUUUAAUUCUCAGAACAGAAAGGCAAUGAAGUGUCCUUUGGAAAUUAACAUACAACUAACAAUAUGCUGGAAAUAAUAUUGAAGACAAUUCAUAUCAAGAUGUCUCUGAAAUGCUUUAUAUCCAGUUGCAAAGGAUUUUCAGUACCAAAGAAUUUGAUCCAACUCCAAAAAAUCAAUGUCAAAAUGUGCAAUGUUAAGUAACAGCCAUUUUUCACAAAGAAGUGAAUUAGUGGCACAUUCCACAAAAUGAUGGCGUGUAAUAGCACUCUUUUACAGAGCUUUACCAGUGAAGUUUCGAAUGAAACAAGUCCAACUGUGAUUUCAGGCAAGCCAAAUCUUCCCAUCAUUAUAAGGAUAUUACUAGCAAUAGUUAUGAUGUCAAUGAUUGCAGUUGGUUUCCUUGGCAAUGCAGUUGUGUGUUUAAUUGUGUGCCAGAAACCUGCCAUGCGCUCGGCAAUCAAUCUGCUCUUAGCAACCCUUGCAUUUUCAGACAUCAUGCUGUCUUUGAUGUGCAUGCCCUUUACCAUGGUCACCAUCAUAACCGUUGAGUGGAUCUUUGGAAGUUAUUUUUGCCGGAUAGCUGCUAUGCUUUACUGGUUUUUUGUCCUGGAAGGCGUAGCAAUACUUCUGAUAAUCAGUGUUGAUCGCUAUUUAAUCAUUGUACAACGGCAAGACAAGCUGAAUCCUCAUCGUGCCAAGAUAAUGAUUGUCAUUUCAUGGGCAGUUUCCUUUUGUGUUGCAUUUCCAUCAGUGAUUGGCUGGACCAUGGUGGAAGUACCUACUCGGGCGCCCCAAUGUGUUCUAGGAUACACAGCCACUAAGGCUGACCGUGUUUAUGCAGUGAUCUUGCUGGUUACUAUUUUUUUUAUUCCUUUCAGCGUGAUGCUAUACUCUUACCUCUGCAUUCUGAAUACAGUGCGAAGGAAUUCUGUACGGAUCCACAACCAUGCAGAAAGCCUCUGCUUGAGUCAAGUCAGCAAACUGGGAUUAAUGGGUUUGCAACGCCCUAAUCAAAUGAACAUUGAUAUGAGCUUUAAAACGCGAGCCUUCACAACUAUUUUAAUUCUCUUUGUUGGCUUUUCCUUUUGCUGGUUGCCAUACACAGUGUACAGUCUUCUGUCUGUUUUCAGUGAGAGCUUUUAUCACAGUCACUCCUUCUACAAUGUUAGCAUUUGGGUCCUGUGGCUCACUUACUUGAAAUCAGUCUUCAAUCCUAUCAUCUACUGCUGGCGAAUUAAGAAAUUUCGUCAGUCCUGUAAGGAAUUCAUGCCAAAAACAUUUAAAGUUUUGCCAAAGCUGCCUGGGAGGUCAAGACGGAGAAUUCGGCCCAGUACAGUCUAUGUUUGCAGUGAGCAUCAGUCAACUGUAUAAAGUAAAACUCUCUUUCAAAUGCCUUUUCAAAAUGCCUUAAACAAUAUUUUGGGGCAAUGUGAACUUACCAUUCGUUCUUUCAAACUGGUCAGCUUUUACAAAGACUGGUUGCUGCCAUAAUAAAUUUGUUAAUAUUGCAGACAGGUUUAUUACAUAUAAAAUGGAUAUGUUAGUGCUGAAAUUAUUCUUCUAACUCAUGAUUUGCCAUGGUUUAUAAACAAUAAUGGGACAGCAUUGAAAACAUUCUCUCCACUCUUGCUGAAAAAAACUGAAGUAAAUAAGAUUUCAUAUUUCCUUCAAACUUCCUUCAAGCAAUUGUACAAGCAGCAUAUGUGAUGGGGGAAUAACAUUGUAAUACCCUAGAUUUUGUCAUGUCAGUAUUUAUGGCUCAUCUCGAUUGUAAAAUGGACUGAGUUUGCAUGAUUUACUAUUGUGUAGAUCCAAUUUAAACAGCAUCAUAGCUUCUGUUUAAGUAUAAAGCUAUCAUUGUUGAUCAGCCACUUAUGCUAGAAACUACAUUAUUUUGAUUCUACCUGUUACGAAUAAUCUGAGUAACUGUGCUGUAAGUGAGUACAGCAUUAGUCUUUAAAUUCCAGAGAUUAGGAAUGUCAGGUUCUCUUCCUUUAAACUGCUUGUUUAAUUCUAUAAUUAUUAAGGUAGAAUGGUAUUGGUGGCCUUGACAGUAGUGAAUUCACAUUUCUACCUGGAUUACAAGGCCCAUGUGAUUGAAGGUGCCAUGGAAAUGGGCUUUAAAAAGGCGAGAGUCCAAAUUGGUUAAGCAUGGAUUUUCCUAAAAAUAUUGCUAAACUUUGAAGAUAUGACCAGUCUACAAGAAUGUGAGAGAGAAGAAAAGACAUAAAGACAGCAAGUCUACUGUUCACCAUGUAGGAUGUGGCUGAGAGCUUGCACUUGGAUUGAACAGAGUAAAUUACUGAUGAUUUAAAUAAAUCUGGAAGAUUCACAUAACUUUGACUAGUUGGAGGGAUGUCAGUCAUCACUUACCAUGAAGGUAAAUUUAAGGAGUUGAAAUAUUUCACUGGAAAAUGUUAGAAGAGCUGAGAGUAGUUUCAACUAGUUCGUAGAAAAUGAAGUGUCACCAUGGCAGAGGGAUUUUCAAUUUUCUAAAAGUUUAAUAGGAAUCUUCUUUGUAGUUUAGAAUAAAAUACUUAUUUAGAGUUGAUGUAAUAUUGUCUUUGGUUUGUUUUGUACAGUAAAAGGCUUGAAACGUGAAA